AUGGCAGACGGUCCAGAAGCGGCUGCUCUCGGGGAAAAAAUUAAAGCCAAAGAGAGAAAAGUCAGGGAUCUGAAGGUUGCCAAAUAUGUAGUGGACAAGGAGGUGUCCAUCUUGCUCACCCUUAAAGCCCUGUACAAGAUCUUGCCAGAGGAGGACUUGUCAGCGGCUGGUAGACAGGACAAGAAAAAGGGCAAGGGAGACAACAAUGGGAAAAAUGGAGAUAAUAAGGAGAACAGGGGAGAUAAGCAAGUGAAUAUGCAGGAAAAGGCCCAGACGGAAAGCAAGAAUGCUAAGGAGGCUGCCCCAGAGCAUAGUAAGACACAGAGCAGACUGUGUAUUGAAGCCAAAAAGGAGGAAAAUCUCUCAGACUGGUAUUCUCAGAUCAUCACGAAGGCUGAACUGAUUGAGUAUUACGAUGUCAGUGGUUUUUAUAUCCUGAGGCCCUGGUCUUACUCUAUAUGGGAGAUCAUCAAGGAUUUCUUCGAUACUGCGAUUAAGCAGCUUGGGGUGGAAAACACAUACUUCCCCUUGUUUCUUACAAACGCUAACCUGGAGAGGGAGAAAAAACACAUUGAGGACUAUGCUCCUGAGUUAGCAUGGGUGACAAAACCUGGAAAAUCUAAACUUGACGAGCAAAUAGCCAUCCGUCAUUCCAGUGAAACUAUCAUUUACCCGGCGGUUGCAAAGUGGAUAAAGACUCACAGGGACCUGCCCCUUAAACUGAACCAGUGGUGUAAUGUAGUGCGUUGGGAGUUUAAACAUCCACAGCCAUUCCUGAGAUCUCGUGAGUUCCUGUGGCAGGAGGGACACACAACCUGGUCAAACAAGGAGGAUGCAUGUGAGGAGGUGUACACGAUUCUAGAGUUGUAUGCCCAGGUGUAUGAGUACUUGAUGGCCAUCCCAGUUGUGAGGGGCAGGAAGACUGAGAAGGAAAAGCUUGACGAAGUAGAGUUUACACUCACUGUCGAGGCUUAUAUCCCGGCUAGUGGUCGGGCUAUUCAGGCUGCUACCAGUCACUACCUUGGCCAUAUCUUUUCCAAGAUGUUUGAGGUCGUAUACGAGGACCCGGAGACUCACGAGAAGAAGUAUGUGUUCCAGAACUGUUGGGGACUGACGACUCGAACCAUCGGGGUGAUGUGUAUGGUGCACGGGGACAAUAAAGGCCUCGUGCUUCCACCCAGGGUGGCUUGCCUACAGGCUGUGAUAGUGCCAUGUGGGGUAACAGCUUCCCUGUCAGAGGCUGAUACCAACAAGCUUAUGUCGGCGUGUGAGGCUCUAAAGUCCUCCCUAGAAGCUGGAGGAGUGAGAGUAAAAGCUGACCUGCGUGAUUAUUACUCUCCGGGAUGGAAGUGUAACUAUUGGGAAUUGAAGGGCGUGCCAUUGCGUAUAGAGCUAGGUACAUGGGACAUGAAACAGAACCAGGUUGUGAUCGUACGACGAGACACGGGCGAAAAACUCACCAUCAAGAACGAUAAUCUUGUACAACGGGUCAAAAAUCUCCUAGAGACAAUACAGAAAGAUAUGUUUGACAAAGCAAAGAAGGACCUAGACUCCAAUAUGACCGUGUCGCAUAAUUGGGAUGAGUUCUGCAAUGGCCUCGACCAAAACAAACUUAUCCAGGCGCCAUUUUGCGGGGAAAUAACAUGUGAAGAUGCAAUAAAGAAGGAUAGCGCUAGGGAUGUUGUGGUCGAGGAAGGAGAGCCUGAUGUGGGGGCGAAGGGGCUGUGCAUCCCCUUCAAGCAGCCCCAAGGGCUGGACAAGGGCACCAAGUGUAUACACCCAGACUGCACUCGAGAGGCCAAUAAUUAUACACUCUUUGGACGCAGCUAUUAG